AGGAAUGAAUAAUUUUUAUUGUGUCUAAAGACUAUAAUCAUUGAGAACAUUGGGAAUAUAAGUGAUUAGUGAAAAUGAACAGUUCCGUCUUAGAAGAUUGCCGAAAGUUUUUAGAAUGUUUCAAGAACUUUAAAGACAACGACCAGCUACAUGUACGAGCUCCUAGAUAUAAUUUAACAGAGUCGGAGGUAGCCGGCGAAGUAAUUAUUUGGAUUCACCAAUAUCUGUUGGCAAUCAAUUGUCCUCAAAUUUUAUUCGUAGCUAUUGUCAGAGAUGUACUACAGAACAUGAAGCCUUACCUAAAACUUCCCAAGGAUGAACACAACGCAAUCAACUCUUUCAAGUUAAAUACGAUCGUAUUAGCAAACACAAAUGCUUUUUGCGAAAGACUUAUGGAUAACGCCGUGCUCAAUGAAAUCAUAUCAGAAUGUUCGACGAAAAUAUCAUUCAAGUUACCGCUGUAUUCCGUGAAAGCUAUAAAAAACAAGCGACCAAGAAUGGAAGACAGGCAUAUUUGUAUAAAUGAUUUCAAUGGAAUUUUCGAUAUCGAAAAUUCUGAGCCGACUAGCUUUUAUGGAGUGUACGAUGGACAUGGUGGUCACGAUGCAGCAGUCUACACAGCUGCUCAUCUGAGUUACAACAUCGCCAACAACAGCAAUUACCCUCAGGACAUAGAAAGGGCAAUUCGGGAAAGUUUUGUUCAGACGGACGAAGCGUUUAUUGACAAAAACGACAGAUACGUGAUGAAUAGCGGAACAACUGCUCUAGUUUGUAUAUAUCGUGCAAUAGAGAAACGAUUAUUCGUUGGAUGGGUUGGAGAUUCACAGGCUUUGUUGGUAUCUGAGGGUCAAGUCUGUCAAAUAGUGUCAUCGCAUGUCCCAGCGUUAAAAAGUGAGCGUGAACGAAUCGAGAAAUUGGGUGGAUUUGUUUUAAAUAUUAGUGGUCAUUGUCGCGUAAAUGGACAACUCGCUGUUUCAAGAGCAAUUGGAGAUGCAUCAUAUAAACCUUUCGUGACUAGUAAGCCAGAUACUUUAUCUGUUUGUCUCAAUGGUACGGAAGAUUUUCUAAUCAUGGCAAGCGAUGGGUUAUGGGAGUCACUCAGUGAGGACUCCAUAGCCUUAUUUAUCUAUCGUGCAAUCGCCGAAAAUCCAGAUUGUGUUGACACAAUCGCGGAUAAACUGAUCGAAAGUGCUAAAAACCACACAACAGAUAAUAUCACCGUUGUUGUAAUUUUCUUCAAAGAUCCCUACGUAAUAAAAAAGUCGACCUGGCUCAAUAAGAUGGAAGCUACAUACGACAGAACCAAUAUUAGCAAUAUCUCUGAAAAUGAUAUGAUAUCGUCACCAGAGGCCACAAAUAACUUCAUCGCGAUUUCGAACGAUGCGUACACAAUGAACGAAACACAUAAAAACAGCCUAGAUCAACGUUUCGAUGAUGACUUCGGACCUGAAACGGAUGUAGACGGCUUAGAAGACACCAGAGUACUUGGUGAUUCCGAUCUAUCAAAUAAUGAAAAAAAUUCCCCUGAAAACAAGAUGACGGAACAUGAGUCUGACCGAAACAGGAAUAUUAUUUACGAUAAUAGUAAAUCUAAGAACGAUUUAGUGCAGUUUUAUGACGAACAACCUCCAGCCAACUUAUUUUUCGACCAGGUCGUCGUAGAUAAUAUCGAAACUAACCAGAUUGUAGAUAACAAGAUCAUCGACGCGAUAGAGUCUUUAGCAAUAACGGAGAACAAAGAAGAGCAACAUAACAUCGAGAACGAGAAGUCUGAAAUCGAGAGCGAAAAACAGGAAGAGCAACGAAUAUAUUUAUCCGAAAAAUCUCCUGAUAUAGUGGAUGUUCCUGAAAAAUCAUUGCUGAACAAUGAUGUUUGCACAGAUACACUCAACGGAAGUCCAAUUCUAGAGGGCGAACCACUGGAAAACGAACCAGUUACUGUUCCUACUAAUCCUGUAGCGGAAAGUGCAGGUGAGGAAUCUGGAGAAGAAGACGACGAAUGGAACUACUUCAAAACCAGCGAUAAUUCUAAAUUGGAGACGAAAUACACGGAACAACAAAAUACACUUGAACGAAUCGAUCCAGUAGAAACAUCGUUCCAGUUGGAGGUUGAUGGACCAGUAGUAAGCACAACUCAUACCGAAAGUUUUGGGAACGAAUCAACUCUCGAACAGCCGAUUCUCUGUAACUUAUCAGAAACCAGCACAGAGGAUAGCAAACAUCAGCACAUCACAGAACAGGAAGCAACACCGAAUGUCGAAAAGCACGUAUUCGAUACGGCUUCAAUAGAAGAGAAGCCAGAAGAAGCUGCUACGAAUCCGACUUUAAGCUUCCCAGUGAAUUCUGAUGUAGCGGCUGUCGAAGAGAAAUCAAUCCUAGAAUCCCACUCGACCUCAACCGAUCAACCGGAACCUCACAUAUCUUUUGUCGAAGAGACUCAACUGCCUCCGAAUAACACAAUUUCUGAGGAAGAAUUUGCGAAAGACACAAUAGAACCAUGCGAAAGUAAUGAAUUCAUUCAGGAGCAAGUGCAUGAACAUAUAGAAGAAGGAACGAUUGAACAGGAGGAAUCUAUGCCAAAGCAGCUCACAGAACCUGAACAAAUAACAAUCGAAGAGAGCAACUCUGCGCAAGAGCAGGAAAACAAUCAAUCAAAGAUACUAGAUCACUUAAAUGAGCUGGCUGAAGAGCGAAUGGAAAAAUUGAAUGUUGAUGUAGACUACUCAGAACUAGAUCAAAAAGAGACUACUUCAGUGGUUGAAAAAGAGAUUGAUGAACCGAUAGAAGCUGAACUGGCAGCAACGGAUAUCGAUGAAAUUCUAGAACACCAUAACAAUUUAUGUUUUGAAAUGGCUUCCAAGUUGAAUCCUGAAGCAAAAGAAUUUGUGCCUAUUAGCUCGCCAGUUCGGUCUAGUCCCUCUAGUCCAGUGUCUAAUAUGCCGACAUCGAUACAAAAUCCAUUUUUAAUGAUUGGGGACGACAAGGUAGUUGCACAAAGUCCAAAGAAAGGCGUGAACGUAAUGGAUAACAUUGAUUUACCUGAAGAAAACGAUUUCCAGCAUGAAAUGGACAUUCGGCCGCACGAACUAGAGAAAUCAUCGGAAUACGCUAGUGGAAAUGUGAAUGCUACUGCAUAUUCACACUCUCCAGCGAGUGAACCGUCUUAUCAGGAAUUGAAUCUCAAGGAAUCCAUGCAGUGCGAUGAAAAACUCGAAAAUGAAUAUAACGAUGAAAAACAAACGGCCGAAGAAAGUUCCUCUGAAAUUUCUAAUCACAAUAUGUUCAGUGGUACACCAAAAGAACUGAACUCUAUGAAUAUGUCGUUCUACGAAGGCCGUGAUGAGCUACUGCUGUCAAAUAACUCUGAUGAAUUAAACAAGAUACACAUUCUACCAGAUGAAGAGGAUCUAGUGGAUCAAGAUCAUAAAGAGAUUGAGAAUGUCCCGCAAGUAAUCGAAGAUGAUUCAAUCUGUCCCCUGAUCCCAACAAAUAACGGGGAAAUGAAAAUAGAAAUUGCGCAAACUAUUGACACUUCAGAACCCGACAACAGUAGGUGUAUCGUGGAUGAAGAAUCGCCAAAUUCGAUUUUAACAGCUGCAUCGCAAGUAAUAGAACACGUUACGGCUUUGGUCGAACAAAUGCCCAAAAAUUUGAGCUUAUCGAAUGAACAAGUGAACGAAGAACCAGAACCGGAAAGCUCUGCUCCGAAUUUGCUGGAUGCAGUAUGUCUCCCAGAAGCUUCAAGUAUUCCAUGUUAUCAAAAAAAUGAGGAUCGUGAUCACACUACUUCAGCAAUUGAUGCUAGCCAGGAGGUAUUGAUUAGCUUAGAAUGCCGAAACAAUGAGAAUAUCACCCAUGAUACAACGAAUGAAUUGAUAAACGAAGCUCUGCAGAAUAACGUUAUUGAGACUGAUGACAUUAACUCAUGUUCUGAACUACAUGUACAGAAUGCAAACUCUGCUAAAGCAGAUGCUGAAAGCGAUGAACUGACAUCAACAUUAAUAGAAUCAUUACAGCAAGAAGUUGUGGCAGAAAAUGAAUUUAUCACAGAUGAAAGCGUUUUAAAUGUACCAUCUCCCACUAAAAUUUCAUGUGAACAGCAAGAUCUUGUGUCUGCAGUUGAAACACUUUUGGUAGAGCAAGUAUCAAAUGAACAGGCAGAUUUGUUGACAUUACCUGUAACUACUGAUACAAAUAAUUCUGCUAAAAUUGAGACAACCACCAUUCCUUCCAUCGAGGAACAAUUGCCUAAACAAUUGGAUUCAAUCGUAAUUGGAAGUUCGGUUCCUGCUAAGAAAUCCUCAGCGAGUACUAUUAAAUCAUCAAGUGUUCUAAAAUCAACAACAACGAAAACUGCAAAAGCACCAAGUGUUGCCGAGAAAAAGACACUUAGUUCCAGCAAGCCGUUGGUUAAGAGUAACGCGAGAGCAACGCCAUCAACAAAAACAGAACCAACAACAACAGUAAGAAAAACGACUACAGUCAGCAGCACCCUCACGUCUACAAACACCAGCAAAACUAUCGCUGGAAAAUUAUUGUCCUCAACAACAACAGCUCGCUCUGGUGUAACAAGUAGUGCGACCAGCAAAAUUGAAAAGAAAAAGCCAGCAGCAAGUACCGUCAAUGGAGAAUUGAAGAUAACAUCGGUUACCAAGAAACCAUUAACUUCAUCAUUGACAGCCAAAUCGUCAGCAACGAAGAGCACUACCAGCACAGCCAGUAAUAGCACAAUAAAAACACCAGCAACUGCUACUGCUAAACCCGCAAGUUUAUCAAAACCAACAACGACUGCAACCAAGACUUCUGUAUCACUAGCAUCCGCUAAGACGACGCACCGUACUUCAGUUACAACGAAACCUCGUGCAGUCCCAUCAACAACAGUACAGAAAAAUGUUACGUCAGCUCCUUCCACCCCUAGUCCUAUACCGACCACUACAAUGAAGAAGCUACCCGCUAAACCUACAACCACAUCAAAAACUCUCCCGGCUGGCAAAACCACACCAGUUACCACUCAAUCAUCAGUGAAGCCCAACGUUCCUCUAGCUGGUUUGCGCAAAAGCAGUACUACACCAAAUAAAAAACCCAGUCCAUCAACGGCUGUUGCAAAAGUUGGCACAAGAACAUCAUCUGCAAAAAAGCCGGUUCCAUCUAAAACCGGAAUUCAAUCUCUCGGAGAAAAUACCUCGCUCGGAGACAACGCUACCAAUUUAUCAAAUUUGGAUAAACAAUUAAAAAAUGAGAGUAACCAACUGAUUACUAAAAAUGGAAUUGAUACCCAGAUGAUCGUAAUCGAUUCCGCCGCUGAUUAAGUUUUUGUUCCUUUCUGCACUAGGUAUCAAUUUGAUUUUAUAUUUAUGACAAUAUGUUUGCAUGUGGAUAUAUUAUUCAUUGAGAAAUAAAAAUUGAAUCUCUAUUUUGGUUGUCAAGUCAUACUGGUUAACACAGCAAAAGCAGUUUUUAUUUCAGUUUAUUCGAUAAACGCAAUGUGGGUACGCUUCAACCAGGUUAUUUUUUCCUAUAACACUACUAUCAGCAUACGACAUAUAGUUUGUAUUCAAUAUUCGAAAAAAAAAAAUACGUUUGUUCUCUUAUGCUGUUAUCAAAUCAUUUACAAUUCAAAUUUUUUAUUCGACCACGUGGCGCGAUAUACACUAUUUAAUGUGUGUUUAGUCCAAAUACAUUUUAAUUUGUUUGCAUAACUACUCUAGGAUAAUAAAAUAAAGCUUUUAAUCGGUUAGUUAGUCUUUGAAAAUGUGAGUUUGUGUCUUAGGGCAACCAAGAAAAUACUGAACCGAUUGAAUAGUUUUGCAUAUAUUCAAAAUGAUGAUGGAGGAAAUGGCAGCUUAACAUGUUGGUUUUCCAGAGAUUUGAAUAUACUAUCUGUUCGAUGUGUUUUCAUCAAAUCGAGAACAAGGGUUAGUGUAGUGUCCACAAUAGGUAGAAGUUUGAUUUCUAUCUUUUUAUAGCCGUCUUCGAAAGCUUAUUAUAUGAACACAGAACAGUUGCGUUUUAUUUUAGUUUCCGUAAAUGCAAGUGCAGUUUAUUUCUUUAUUGAUCUGGCAGUCUGUUAAGACAAAUUAUGCAAUAAUCUUGAAUAACUUUUCCGCAUCUUUGAACAUCAAUACACUGACACAUUGGUAGUAAACGAAUAAUAUUAAUGCUUUAUCAUCCCAACAACAUGUUUCUUCCUGUUUCCUUAUAUGUCAUAAUUAUCCACAGCGCAAUUGCAUUCAUCGAAUUACCUAUCUUAUGUAGAUCUGAUACCAAUCAGAAUAAAACAUGGUUUUGCAAAUUAGACCAGGCUCUCGUUUCGAGAAUGAGUGAUUUAUUUUAUUUAUGUACAUUGUUAAGGUUCGCUUUAGGUUUUCAAAAAAAUAUUAUAAAUCCCGAUAAUAUGCAAGCAAAGAUUUGUAAUGAUAAAAUUAUAGAAUGGAAUGAAUUUGCAAGUUAUUAUUUGAAUCGGAAUAUAGUCGAACAGCAUGCUUGAUACUAGCAGCCCAACUAUAUUGUGUUUUCUCCUAUACGUUCAUUCCCAAUGUUUACAUCCCGGCAAAUCCAAAAUGCCAAUAUGAAUAACCAAAUCUGCAUCAAAACGAUAUUAUAUUAUCCUUUAGAUCAUUUUAUCACCCUACUUCUCAAACUUUCACAACGAAAACAAUUCCACAAGUCAUAAUUUCAUCUGUCUAACUGUUAACAAUCAUUAUUAUUAUUACCAACUAUUUUUGUAUUUACUAUAAUUUAUAAUGACUAAGACGAAAUUUAGUAUAUCGUAUCUAUUGAACAUUUAUGUUUAAACAAUUUUUUACUCUUUCCAUUAUUCGAAAAUUAUCAUAACUGAGUUUCACUAUCGCCAACUAGUCUAUUCAAAAGCGCACAACAACAUCAAUUGUAAGCCUAACGAUUAUUACAUGACGAACACGCUAUUAUAGUUCUGAACGAAGGUUACGAAAAUUUGUCUCUUUGGUUUUCGCAUUCAUUUAUGUAGCAGCAACGUACUUCCUACGAAGGCAUCCUUAUUAAUAUAUUCAUUGGCAGCAUACUUUAACAAAAAUCGGAUUGUACUAAAGUUCGAAUAUCGCAAAAUAUACAAAGAUUAACAGGACCAUA